CGCUACUUCCUUGUUUGAGUUGCAACAACUCAUGAGCCAUUUAAAGUGCGAGGUGAAGUUUCUCAGCUCGAACUGAAGACAAAAAGUUUUACUUUGGAGAUGAACCGACGAUAACAGGUCGGUCACUUACUCCCGGGUGUGUUGGAGCACGUGUUUGGGUUUCUUCACAAACAAACAAACAGGAAGAGAUGGAUCAUGCACGAGCACAGGACGCGCAUCAGAACAAGGCCCCCAAGGUGUGGCACAGGGAGUGUGGGGAUGAUUCUGAGGACAUGAAGCCCACCCGCACCUCUGUAUCCCCCUCUCAGGGCGAGGCGAGGCCGAUCAGAAGAGUACAGAGUCCCACCAGACCCAGGGCCUGGUCGUCCAAUUCCUACAAACCAAAGUUUGGAGGGAAAUUCUACAAACCUCGUUUUCAAAAGGAUGACUACUCGUUCUACAAACCUGGCUUUGUCAACAAGAGGCAUCACCACCUCAACCCCCGGGCCCAUUUCAACCACAGAGACCACUUCCAGCCCAAACCUCACCACAGCGCACAGAGGGAGCGAGAGAAGGAGGCGGGCCGGUACGAGCGGAGAGAGAGCGCUGACGGAGGUUCAUGCCCAAAACAAGGCAAAGCUUCCAGACCGUUCCUGCCCAGGUCCGUCUCCAGCAGAGACCAGGAGCCGCAGUUCACUGUUUGUCUGAGCGACAGAAGCCACAUCAAGAAGAGCGAUCACAGGGGAAGUAAUAGCAAAGAAAAGGAACAAAGCAGAGACCGGGAGCUCUCUUUAACUGCGAGCCAGACGACGACACGAGACAGAGCCAUCCAGCAGAAGAGGAAAGAGAUAGAUGAGGUGUACUAUCAGGAGUGUCAGAUGUUUGGCCUCGUGACAAAGAUGCUCAUAGAAAAGGAGACGUCCCUGGAACCACUCAUCCAGUCCUCGCUGCAGGAGAACCUCCGAGACAUCGGCAAGCGCUGCGUGGACGCCAUGGAGAAAUUCAUCGAGGACUACGACUCCAGAGAGCCGUCGCACUAAUCGCACACGCUGCCGCCUGUCGUGUCAGCGUAGAUCCUCAUGGUAGAAAUGUUCGAUAUUUUCAUAUCAGGUGAUUCAAUGCUGGUUUUUGGAUUUCUUUUGCAAUAAGUUUGCUCGUUAUUAUCUGCUGCCUGGAAAUAGUCUCACUCUGAGCUCUGCCUCAUGCCAGCAACACUGGAGAAGAAUGAACGUUUUUGAUUGGAACAUUUCAUCAUGAUUCUAAUGUUGAAAAUGUGAUUAGGAAAAAUGCACUGGCUUGUUUUGCUCUAAAUCUCCCAAUGAGGAAAUAUUUUGACAAUCAAAGUGACCUAAUUAAUUUAUUAUCUCUUUCUUUUCAUUAAUUCAAAAAGUGAACACAGCAUAUUAAGCAAAAAAUAGCUGAAAAUAUAUUUUCAGUGUUUCAUCUGUUGCCAAACAAGUAUCAUCCUGUCAGGAAAUGCAUUAAUGGGUCAGUAGGUAACCGGGCCACACAUUGUUGUGUUGGGUUGAUGUAUUUUGAAAAUGAGGGUAAGUGCAGGUUUCUUUUUAUGUUUGAUAGAAUGACAGAUAUUGACUUAUUAUAGAAAUAUCAAUAACACAGCAAAUGUCAGCAGAUGGAAAAAACAAGAAAUGGCAGCGGUGAAAUGUCAAAGAUGUUUUUGAGGUUAUUCAGGAAGCCGAGUUAACAUUUCAUCCGUGAAACGUCCUGCUCUUAUCAAGGUCGCGGUUCUUACAGGGACUGAUUUCUGCUUUUUGUUCAGUAUAAAAAAUAAAAAAAAUACCCUGAU